UGGUUUUGAAGUUGCAGGUGUGUCUGCUGCUGUGAUCUCACAGUUGUCGCUGUGCGGUGGAGGCGUUUUUUUUUUCUCCCUCUGUGUGCAACCAACCGCAAGAAAUGGAUGUGUUUCUAAUGAUCCGACGCAACAAGACGACCAUCUUCACCGACGCCAAAGAGUCAACCACAGUCUAUGAGCUGAAGCGCAUUGUGGAAGGCAUUUUAAAGAGGCCCCCUGAAGAUCAGAAACUUUACAAGGAUGACGUGAUGCUCAAUGACGGUCAAACUCUUGGAAAUUGUGGCUUUACAAAUCAAACCGCUCGACCUCAGGCCCCGGCCACGGUGGGGUUAGCGUUCCGUCUGAGUGAUGAUUCAUUUGAGCAGCUGAGGGUCGAGUCUUUCUCCACUCCCCCAGAGCUCCCUGACGUCAUGAAGCCCCAGGACUCUGGCAGCACAGCCAACGAGCAGGCUGUACAGUGAGGGAGGGAGGGAGGGGAGGGGGGGGGGGGGGGGGGAAACGGGGGGGCUUCACGGGGGGGAGGGAGGAGUUACAUUUUGUGAUGCCUCCGCGGGUGAGUUUUUACCUUGCCGACGACAGAUCUUCAGCCGGGCACAAACGGUUACCAACACGGACUCCCCUCGUUGUAAAUGUGAGGGCGAGUGCUUCAAAGUGGUUCAUUUGUCCUGCAGUGGGUGAACGCAUGCUAGAUACAUUGAUCAUUUCACACAAGACCCUUCAGAGAUACCUGACGGACUUGUCACGACACUGUCAGUCAUCCAUGGGGUUGGUAAUGGCUGAACAUAAAAAGUUGUACCUCGUAUUUAAUUAAUUCUACUCUUUAUUUCGGGUAAGGUUAUUGCUACCUUACUUGUGUUUUUUUUAAUUUUACUGGCUUAAACGUGGGAGUUAGACUAUAAGGUGUGACAUUUUUAGGCUUUUAUGUUUGUGUGUUUCUUUAUUAAACUAUUGCUAGGAUUGAACACGUUUUUUGGUCUUCGGCCUGGAUAUGUGUUGCGAUAAUAGCUCGGAGUUUGUGGAUUUCUAAGUUACUAUCUGUAUUUCAAAAGCGUUUUGAACAAUAUGGGUCUGAGAUAAAAUAGAUUCACUUGUUGGCAGGAGAUCUGGCACUAAGAUGAACAUUUCUUGGUACUUUACCGUAUCAGUAGUUGUAGUUUUCCUACUGUAGCUGCUCACACAUGUUACUGAGACUGAAUGCACUCAGUCGUGGGACCUGGUGUUGAAAAGGCAGAUGUUUACCUUACUAACAGAGGUCGGGAUGAACCAACUCUCCUCUCCAAUGUUUGAUUGUAGCCGAUGACAUCUUGGAGAUGCUCUUGACUUGAAUCAGUGCGGCUGGUUGUUCAUAGUAAACCUAAACCGUUUGAAGUUAAGCGGGUAGUUUACAUGUGAUGAUCUGUGAGUCGUGGGCUGCACAUUUGACUCUGUUGUCCCAGAAUCACUGCCCAUUUAGGUUUAGUUCAUGCUGCAACUUAUGUUGUAUUAUACCCCAUUAAUGACUUCAUACACAUUUCUUUUCCUAAAAUCAAAAGGGGGAUUAGAAAUCAACUCUCUGCACAUCAAAUAAAAUUAUAACACUGGGUCUCAUGAUCUAAAAAAAACAACUACAAUUUAAAAGGUAAAACCCUCCAUUCGUUACAACAGGAAAGUAUAUUCUGACCUGUGGGUGUGGAAUGAAAUUGUUGACGUUAGCAUUUGCAAAUUGAGGCUGUUAAACAGUGGGACAUGAUCAAAGUUGCACUUGUAACUGAUUUAACAUUAAAACAACUGUUUUUCA